CCACUGUUUGGGUCGUAGUGCCGCGAGUGAGUGUUUAAUAUUAGGAAUUAUUUAUAUAACUGUGGACAGUUACCUUUCUGCAAGAUUUCAGGAUAUAUUAUUUAUUGUCUGUUGGCACUGCGGAGGGACAGAUAUUUGGAAAGAUUCAGAUUUGAUUUGGAGACAGUUAUCAUCGUCAUUUGUUGCAUCAUCAUACUAGCUACUCUCGGCUCAGGAUGAUAUUUCGAACUGUGGGUUAUUGUUCAGCCUGCCUGCUGUAAUGGAUCGGAAAAUUCAUCCUCGACAAAAUCGGGAACAAUGGUUGGGCGUCUGUGAAAAGGUCUUGCCCCACUCCUUGAGACACAACUGGAGAUUCUGAGAAGGGCAAAGACCAGAAACGACUUGGACGCACAAUCAUUUUUGGAGCAGGUCUUCAGGAAUUAUUGCUGCAAUUCUGCCGAACGGAAACUGCACAAGCUGAAGCAGUUGUAUGUGGAUGAGAAGUAUUUUUGCAAAACUUCUACGAAUUGUUUGGUCUCCUCUCGACCAUCUUCUUGGAAUUGUUUGUUUCUUUUGCACGUGCGGACAAAAUGAGGACAGUUAAUCGAUGACGAUGAUGCCAACUGAUAUUUGCUGACUAAAUGGAUGAAGAUGAGCUGUUUACACAACGAUCUUCAUUGGCCUUAAUUUCCUCUCAGGAAAUUUCUCCAAUGUUUUCAACCAAGUUGGUAACACCAAACUGAUACCUGGUUGGGUCAAAGAGUAAUGUCUUCGUUGUAAAGGAACAUACUGCCAACAACUUUCGCUGAUGUUGACACCUUAGAGACUUCCUCCAGCAACCCAGAAUAGCGUCUCUGUAAACAUCAACAGAAAAAAAGUGACAAAAAAAUCGAUUUCUAAUGAAUCAACAUUCUUAGGUAUCGAACUGAUACGCCACACUGUCGGUUAUUUUACAGUCACUUGUCAUUCACACGACACGUACGUUCUGACGCUAAAUUAGAAACGCAACCAGAAGGAGGACUUUGACCACUUUCAAUUUUGCAGCCGUAAAAAAUAGAACAAACGAGACUGGAUAAUGUAAUUAGAUUAGCUAUUAAUGCGAUGCAGAGAUACUGUACAACCGAGAAAUGUGCAACGGUUAUAUAACGCACUCGGCAAUACCGUAUUGACUGUUAAUGAUAGCUAAUUUUCGUCUCCGUCACGACGAAGGAUAGACACAAUCUGUUCGUGGAUUCGUCAUGACGAAGCCGUAUCCAUCGAUGAGCGGGACUGUAGCAUCUCUGUCCCCGUAGUUUGGAGCUUUUCCUCGGCCUGGUUUCAAGCAUCUGGCGCCGGCUUGUCGUUGUAGAAGAAACCCCGUGGAUUUGGCUUGUUGGACUCCGGAUCUGGUUCACAAAGCGUGGAAUCGUCAAUAUUUUGAUGCAAAUUUUGGAUGGACGUACGCUCAGAGAGGAUGGAUAACUUACGUUUUUUGUGUGUGAGAUUUUAUUUUCAAGCCAAUGGUUUUAUGACAUAAGCUAAUUACGGAGUUGAUCAUCAGCAGAUGCUCAUUUUGAAAGCCCAUAAUCGGUCUAAUUAAUUUGUGUGCUGAGAAGGGCUACUGGCUUAGGUAAAACUGUGUACAUCAAUACACACAAUUUGAGAUGUAGCCGUUUUUGGUGUAUACUGAAAUGACUUAAUCUUUAUUUGGAGUUGGUGACUGUAUCAAACGAAGAUGAGUGUCCAGACAGCAAGCUCGAAGCCCAAGGAACGCCGGCUGAGUGUCAAUGUCGCCAUGGCGGUGGUUCACAAGACUAACCGGUCUGAGGACAAGAAACUGGAGAGGCGAGUGGAACACCUUAAACAGAAGGAGCACCAGGAUCAGGUACGACACUGCAGCGAGGUCAAGAAGCUGGAGAAGGAGCUAGAAUCCAUGCAGAUGCAGGUGGAGUCGGCUCCCCGGACCUUCACGAAGAGGGAGAUUGAGGAGAAGGACGUGCCGUAUUUGUUCGGGAAGAAGAUGACGGCGCAGCAGCCGAGGGCGAUCAGGAGGAGGAGGCACCGGGGAGACUCGGCCGAGGCCGCGCUGAACCGAGUGGUGAAGAAUGUUGAGAUCACCGGGAAGAACCGGUUCCGGUCGGCCGUGAUGGCGGUGUGCGUGGCCAAGGGACUCGGUGGAGGUGACUCCGAGGAUGGUGUGGUGGUGCCGGAUCAGGAGGGGGAAACUGAGCCGAUCCUUUCCGGGGAGGAGUUGGUGGUGUCUGGUGGGCAGAGCAGAUGUUCAUUAUCGGCUCGGAGUGGGUUGCAGAGAGGCAGAGUGCGCAUACAGACCUACCCUUCAGAGCGGCCUUACACUAGCCCAGUUAAAACUGCAUCCCAACGACGAUCAUCAACCCUACCACCACCUUCAACAACCCGUGAUAGCCAGAGCCAGCCCAAACCAGCCUCGGCUAGGAGCAUCAACAGUAGACGGAGCACUAUUGGGAGUCUGUCGUUCCGGAGUGACUCGCCGCCACCGAGUGUAGGCUUACCGGUCAGCCUCCCGGACCUGGUAGGCGCCGCCCGGGCCUCCAUCGUCCACGCCGCCGAGUCCGCCAAGGCAGCCACCGUCCUCAAGCGGCGAGGCAGCGCCGUCAACACCGUCACGGCCGCUGAGCGGGACCUGGAGAGACGCCGGUCUAGCGCCGCCCUGCGACUCCAAGGGAUCAAGCAGGACCUGUCCAGGCGGGAUUCGGACCUCCAGGACCGCAUCAAGCUGUUCGUGAAGACCAGCAUGCCGGGGGAGAGCUCGGCCAGAUCGCCCCGACGGCUGUUUGCGAUACCAGUUGGUGGUGAACCACCCUCCACCGAUAUGGACGACUGAAAUUUUGUUGUACAAAAAGCAACCCCCUAAAUUAAAAUUUUUAAAAUGAGCCCAAGAGAACCAGACUUAUGUUAAUCUUCUCUUUAGUGACUUGGUUAUAACUCUUAACUUUGGUAGAAGAUAGGCGGAUAACUCCGCAAGAAAAUCCUGGAGCUGAAGUUCUAAGGUAUCUGGUUCGACUCCCAUUCUAGCGUCGUUUUUCUUGUUCAAUCGAUAGUAACGAAUCAUUUGUGAAAUACUCAAGUUGGCAACUAAUGAAGAUCUGCCUUUUAUCGAUAAAACGAUCUUUUGAUAAAAUGUAAAGCUGUAUUAUUGUACACAUUUCGAAACCAAUACCAGCUUCAAACUCGUGUUCUGUUAGCUCUAAGCAAAAGCUAUCAGAGGUAGUCGACUGCCCUCUAUUGUUCGGUUGGAUCAUCUUUACUCUUUCGCUCGUACCCCCCGCCCUGCAAACAGGACGGGGGUACGAGCGAACUUUACUCUAUUGUUUGAACAUUGAAUUUUAAAGAGUUGUUUUUCAAGAACAUUGUUAUAAAUAAUUAUAAAUUAGACUUUUAGAUCACCAUAAUUAUUCUGUUCUAUGGAGAGAAAUUGUAAUGUAAUCUUAUAAUCAUGAACAUUCCACAACCAAAAACAACUUACCGUUGUGGACAAAAUAAUCCAGCUGUGGUCGUGUUCUUACGAAAAUGUUAUAGCGCCCUCUCGCUCUUCCUCUCAUCCAGACACAAAAAAAAUGAAUAUUAAAUUGUUUGACAAUGUUAUGAAGUUGCCAUGUUGGGGCAGUUGAAACUUAA